AUGCCGCGGGGACUCGUGCAAAGGUUUACACACGAAAGCUUUGCUUGUGAAACGGUAGAUGAUACGAAGACACAAAGAAUUGAAGAACAAACAAGAACACAGAGUGAAUCUCAGACAUGGAAAGAUGAAAGAAAAUUCAGGAUCACAGCGUCAGAUUUCCAUAGAGUAAAAAUUAGGAAAAGAAAUCAUGGAAAGCUAUCACAGGAUAUGCUAUCUCUAAAAUCAUUUAGCACUGAAAGCACAAAACAUGGUUUGAAAUAUGAAAGCACUGCUUUAAGAGAGUAUGGUAGGUACAUGGAAAGAUCUGGAAAGCCAUUAAAAGUUCUAUGUAGUGGUCUAUGUGUAUCCAAAAAGCACUUCAUAUUGGGAGGUACACCUGAUGCCAGAAUAGUUGAUCCAGGUUGUAGAGAACAGUUUGGAAUAGCUGAAGUUAAGUGUCCACAUUCAAAAUUUUCUGUGAACCCUUUAGAAGCUUGCUCAGAUCCUAGCUUCUGUUUAGAAGAUGUAGGGGGUAUCUUGACAUUAAAAACAAACCAUGCAUAUUACGACCAAGUGCAGGGUCAAGUGGGUUUGACUGGUGCAUCCUGGUGCGACUUCAUAGUUUAUACCAGAAAGGGGUUAGCUAUUACAAGAAUUGCAUUUGAUGAGCAACACUGGAGUACAUUAAGGGAAAAAUUAUGUCAAUAUUACUUUAAAUAUUUUCUCCCAUUGGUAGCAAAGUCAUAGAUAUGGGUAUGUGUGGUUUCAUAUUGGCCUGAUCAAACCAAGUAUAGCUACAAUCAGUCCAAAGUGAAAUAUUGUGAUUGAAAAUCAUUCUUUAAAUCCUUUGUGUAAGAACAGUUUUCAAAUAGUAGAAAAACACCAUUACCAUGAAAUGGUUUGACAACUUGUCAAGUUUUGCAUAUGACAGUGUUAACUCACAUUUUCCCUAAAAAUCAUAUUAUUUUGAUCCUAAUAAAUGUUUGCUAUUCCAGAAAAAUAUGCUUCAGUGUUGGACUGAUAAUUAAUAUGA